AUGAAUCUCCCAAGAGCUCCAGAUCCUGCCUAUGCGGCGGAAAGCAAUACCACCUGGAUCGUCACCGUCGUUACCAUCUUCCACGUGAUCGCGUUGUCAUGCGUGGCCCUUCGGGUAUAUGCAAGAGCCUUCGUGAUCAAGAAGCCGGGCUGGGAUGAUUUGAUGAUGGUCUUGUGCACGCUCUGCACGAUUGGAGGAUGGUCAGUCUUCAUCAUACAGUCUUACCACGGACUCGGUCGUCAUCAAGAUACUAUAUCUCCGCCCGACCUCAUUAUUUAUAGCCAGGCCGGGCUCUGGCAGUCCAUCAUAUCAGCGGCAUGGGCGCUCACGUUCCUGAAAAUCUCAAUCGCCCUCAAUUUGCUCCGUAUCGGGUCGAACAGUCGAUGGUACAUUUGGUCGUUAUGGGCAACGAUAAUCCUGAAUGUCAUGAACUGCAUUAGCGGUACUUUCACCUUCCUCCUGUAUUGUCGCCCCCUUCCUAGGUACUGGGACAAAAGCAUUCCGGGCAGCUGUGCCCCCAUCAUUGUCAUGAUCACGGGCGGUCUAGUGAACACAGCGGUGAAUAUCUUUACAGAUAUAGUCCUGGCAACGCUGCCAGUGCCAGUCAUAUGGUCACUAAACUUGAAUCGUCGGAAGCGUUUGUCCGUCAUUGGCAUUUUGAGUCUCGGAUGGGUCGCCGUGACAUUUGGCAUCGUCAAAUCUGUGCAUCAGAUAGCAUAUGGCUCAGUGACGGAUAAGUCGUUCAAGCAAAGCGUCCAGUUUUGGGGUUUUUUGCAACUCCAAGUCGGCAUCAUGGCCGCGUGUGCACCAUCCCUAAGACCAUUGUUCGGUCGGUUCCUUAAGCUUUCGACGAACGACAAGCUCAACCAAUAUAACAGCCAGUCGCGGCAGUACAAUGCCGGGCUUGUAACUAUUGGUGGCACAAACGACCAGCGAAGAAAGUCGAUCCGGCCACAAUCCGCCGAAGAUAAUCAAAGCGACAUAAGCUUGACAAUCAUGAAGGGGGGCACCACUGUCAAUGUAGGCGAAACAUUUUAUAGACAUUCAGAUACGGGAUCUGGGAGUGAGGAGAGAAUUUUACCGCACACGGCGCGGGGAGCCGAGUAUAGCUCUGGUGGUGUCUUGCAGAUGGAGAAAACUACCAAUCCGCAAGCUCCGCCGGGUUCGGCACAUUGA